ACUACCUAACGUUUUAUUUAUUUGUAUUCAUUCAUACUUUACACACAUGAAAGACAAAUAUGAUGGUAUCCUAACACGGAAAAAUAACUUUAAUCAAUAUUUAUAUUUCAAGCAGUUCCACACAAUUGUAUUUUAUUUCUUCAACACACACAAAAUAAAUUAAUGGAGAAUCAACUUUAUAUUGUUGUGUUAAACUAGAAAAAAGCAAUUGUGUGGCACAGCUUGACACAAAAAUGUGUAGUCUUUUAUAAUGGUGCCUGGUAGGCUUUAUGAAACACAUGCAAUUCUUUAACCUGGUCUAAUCCCAAAUACAUACAUAUUAUACAUACAAAGACCAAUUUAACGAUACAAUUCAUUGAAAUGUACCAACAAUAAUUUGCAGUGCAAUAAAUAGUCCGUUUUUCAAUCGGAUACAAAUAGUCUUUUUUAUGUCAUUAGUUAAAUCUCCUGAUCAGUUUGCUAAUUACUGUACUCUUAAAUGUUUUGAGAAGAUUAAUAUUUGACUUAAGUGUACUAUUGUGAUAGGUCUAACAUCCAUCCAUCCAUCCAUCCAUUUUCUACCGCUUAUCUGAGGUCGGGUCGCGGGGGCAGUAGCUUUAGCAGGGACGCCCAGACUUCCCUCUCCCCAGCCACUUCAUCCAGCUCUUCCGGGGGGAUCCCGAGGCGUUCCCAGGCCAGCCGAAGGAUGUAGUCUCUCCAGCGUGUCUUGGGUUGUCCCCGGGGUCUCCUCCCGGUGGGACGUGCCCGGAACACCUCACCGGGGAGGCAUCCGAAUCAGAUGCCCUAACCACCUCAUCUGGCUCCUCUCGAUGUGGAGGAGCAGCAGCUUUACUCUGAGAUCCUCCCGGAUGACCGAGCUUCUCACCCUAUCUCUAAGGGAGAGCCCAGACACCCUGCGGAGGAAACUCAUUUCGGCCGCUCGUAUCCAGGAAUCUCGUUCUUUCGGUCACGACCCAAAGCUCGUGACCAUAGGUGAGGGUAGGAACGUAGAUUGACCGAUAAAAUCGAGAGCUUCCCUUUUCGGCUUAGCUCCUUCUUUACCACAACGGAUCGAUACAAAGUCCGCAUCACUGCAGCCGCUGCACCGAUCCGCCUCCAUUCUUCCCUCACUCGUGAACAAGACCACAAGAUACUUGAACUCCUCCACUUGGGGCAGGAUCUCAUCCCCGACCCGCAGAGGCCACGCCACCCUUUUCCGACUGAAGACCAUGGUCUCAGAUUUGGAGGUGCUGAUUCUCAUCCCAGCCGCUUCACACUCGGCUGUGAACCGCUCCAGUGAGAGUUGGAGGUCACGGCUUGAUGAAGCCAACAGAACCACAUCAUCUUCAAAAAGCAGAGAUGCAAUUCUGAGGCCACCAAACCGGACCCCCUCUACGUCUCGGCUGCGCCUAGAAAUUCUGUCGAUAAAAGUUAUGAACAGAAUCAGUGACAAAGGGCAACCUUGGCGGAGUCCAACCCUCACCGGGAACGAUUCCGACUUACUGCCGGAUAUGCGGCCCAAACUCUGACUCGGGUCGUACAAAGGACCGAACAGCCCGUAUCAGGGGCUACGGUAGCCCAUACUCCCGAGGCACCCUCCAAAGGACUCCCCGAGGGACACGGUCGAACGCCUUCUCCAAGUCCAAGUCUAACAAUUGCAUUUAAACCUUAGAAUUUAGACAGAUGGAUAAAUGGUACACGUGUAGUGUUUUAACAUGGGAAUUCCUCUCACUGGCCACAACAUUAGGUCCACAUUAGAUUAACACUGUCAGUGAGUUAUUAAAUGUAUUAUUAUAGUACUAGUUUGUGGUGGUGUAGAACUCGACUGCAUUAUAAUGAAAGGGUUACAAAGGGUGGCUCUCAAUAAAUUAAAAUUUCGUGGAACACAUUCAGUAGUUUAAUUCAAAAAGUGAAACUUGUUUAUCAAAUAGAUUCACUUCAAUUCAUAUUUCAAUACUUUUAGCAAUAAUGUGAAGAUUACAGCGUACAGCUAACGAAAGCCCCAAAUUAACUAUCUCAAAAAAAAAAUUAAUAUCACACAAGAAACCAUAACAAAUUAUUUUAAAUAUAGACUUUAAUUAGGAUUUGGCCUUCUUAUAAGUAUGUUCCUAUGCAUUUGAUUAAUAUCCAUAAUAAAUAAUAUCACUUUUAUUAUUCAACUACUGAAAUUAAAAAAAAUGUAAACAAAUUCUAAACGUUUCCACGAUAUUACACUAUAUUUAUUUAAUUAAAUGAAUGAAUGAAUGAUUGAUUGAGAUUCACCUGUUAUGGACUUAGGUGUCCAGCAGAUGGCACCAUUUCCCAUCGGAAGACACCAGCCGCAUUGCAAAUGAUGGCCAUCAGUGCCAGUCGCAUCCUCCGCGUGUCACUUCAGUCGGCUUUUCGGAACCAUUGGGAUUGAGCUGCGCCUUGCGCCACUCAGUGUCCUCUUGGAAACAUCAUUCCUAGAAGAGAAGUCUUUUUUUUCUGCAACGACGUUAUGCAAGAAGAUCGCCGUUCACUGGAUCGAGAAUAUUUACUUUGAUAGGCAUCUCUUUUCGGUGGAAAAGCCAGCGUGUCUACAGUUUGCAGUGGACGGUAAGAGAGAUCACGAAAAGCAUGACAUUGCGACGUUUUGAGAUUAUAGUUUAAGAUAACACAUGCCACGAGUGAAGCAAUUGCUCAGGUGCAGUAUCGUUUUCCCUUAACUUGGCUCAGUAUGAGGCAGCCUCUUGGAUUUGCAGUCUUUGCAUACUUGCAACUGCUGCAUUGUAGAGCAUAAGGGGCUUUAUUUGCAUUGAUGCGUAUGUCACACGCUUCAUUGCACUUGCAACAUGCAGUCAAGUGCACAUCAUACUCUUUGGUUCAAAUUUGAACCAAAGAGUAUGUAAAGAUUAAGAGAGCCAGCAGUAGUAAUCACCUCUAAAUGUGUCAUUUGUUCACUUUUAAAGGGUAGAAUCCACACUAGAGAUGGAUUUGGUGACAUUUGCAGUGUCUUUCCACAUUCUUGUGAGUCCUGGGUGGGCUACGUCCCAUCACUCCUUCAUGGACAGAUCCUUCACAUCUCACUCAGUCCUCAAGUUGCUGGAUAAGCCAAUGAAGUUUGAGCCCUGUUGUCUGAUGUCCCCACCUCCGCCUCCACUCUUCCCACCACGCCCACCUCAGCUCUGGAAGCAGGGCAAACCUGAUGGUGACAGCGUGCUCGUGCCGGCAGUGUUUCGAGGAGAGGCGCAGCAAAAUGAACAUCCGGUGAUACCGAGGUGCCCAGCUGGGUCACCGGGACCUCCGGGACCCCGUGGCCCAGAGGGUGACAGUGGCUUGCCUGGCAUACGGGGACCAAAAGGGGAAAAGGGAGAAAUUGGACGUCCAGGGUCAAAGGGACGUACUGGAGCGCCGGGUCUUCCAGGGAAACAAGGACUUCCCGGAUGGCCUGGUCCACAGGGACCCAUGGGUGAAAAAGGAGACCCAGGACUCAUGGGACUACCAGGACUGAGGGGACCCCCAGGAAGUAAGGGUAUGCCUGGUUACAGAGGAGAGAAGGGGGAUAGUGGAAGCCCAGGAAUACCAGGAUCAAAAGGUGAUAAAGGCACCACUGGUUUGCCUGGAAUGCUAGGUCAGAAGGGUGAACAAGGACCAAAGGGAGAGACAGGGGUCCCGGGCAAAAGAGGACCCACUGGGCGACCUGGGAAGAGAGGCAAACAGGGAGAAAAGGGAGAGACUGGAGCAUCAGGACUUAUGGGCAAACCUGGUCCCCGUGGUCCAAAUGGCCCACCCGGUCCACCCGGUCCACCGGCCGCUGGUCUCUAUCUAGCAGGGGAAAAGGGUGAGAAGGGUCUUCCUGGCCCACCUGGUCGCUGUGAGUGUGACCCUUUUCUAUUAGCGAACAAUGCGCCUUCUGGAAGCUACAGACACGAGGAGAUCCCCAAUCAAGUCCCCGCUAUAUUUGUGGUGAGAAACGAGGAGGAGCUGGGCCGUCUACAUCUGGAUCAUGCGAUAGCAUUCAGGAAGGAUCAGAAGGCACUCUACUUUCGAGAUAAAGAUGGAUGGAAGCCCAUACAGCCCUUCCAGCAAUUCCAGUCUACUGAGAAAGUACCAGACAGAGUCGGUGCGUGCGGAGAUGGGAAGGUGCAGCCACAGGAUGGAGAGGAAUGUGACGAUGGAAACCAAAUUGUCACCGACUCUUGUCUGAACUGCAAAUGGGCCUAUUGUGGAGAUGGUUAUCGACAUGAAGGCAUGGAGGAGUGUGAUGGAAAAGACUUUGGCCAUCAGACAUGCAAAUCCUAUCUUCCUGGAUGCUUCGGACAGCUCAGAUGCACCGAGUCCUGCGUCAUCGAUUCCACCGGCUGCAAAUACUUCACCUGAGCUGGACACACGGUGCAAACUUUGUUUUCAUCAUUCAAGAGGAAUUCUACUUCAGAUUUCACUUGAAGUCUCACCUCAUGUCCCUGAAUAUUACUUGAUGGACUGAGAGAGCACCAACAGGAGUCUCCUCUGCUCUGUGCCAUGACAUGAAGAAUGGGAGUCGGCUAUUGGAUCAGCUGUUGAUUAUUUUGUUGGCCUCGGGGAUCUGCCACACAUGCUAUGGUGGGAAACACUUAAAUGAUUGUAUGAAAUUAUUUGCUGACUGUUAUUACAGACAUAGGCUGAGCAUCUUUGAUAACGAGAGAAAGAAAAUGCCCUUUCCAAAGGACUAUAAUAUUGCUACUACAGUAUGCAGAAUGCUUUAAUCAUGUGCAAUACAUUAGACAUCAUAUAUUUAUAAGGUGAAAUAUUGUGUUAUUGCAUGGAAAUGUGUUCCAUCAGAGCUGUAAAUAGAGUGGCCAAAGUAUUAACCUUUUGAAAUGAAUGUCUAAAUAUUUGAUAACGCAAAAGAGCAAGACAGUAGCAUGACAAAACACAUUGUCACACACACACACACACAUUAACCCGUACAUAUUGAUCACUUUCCAUGCACAUAGUAUGUUCCGGGUCAAUUUUGACCUGGGGCAAGAAUAUCAUUAUAAUAAUUGUCUAUAUCAAAUGAUGACCUAAAGAUAUUGUCAAUGUGUAUUAAUAGCCUGUCCAACAUGAAUAAAUGGAUGAUUACUCCUUAAUCAAUUUUUCAGAUAAAAGGGAAAUUGCAUAUUUCUUUGCUCGUGUCAAGGCAACCUCUGACCUUUGUAUGACUUCUGUCCGAUCAUUUUUAUGCUGUUUUACCGUUCCGAGAUUCCCCCAUGACCCUUCAAACUACGUAACUGUAACGAUAUGCAAUUCAAUUGACCUCAAAG